AUGCCGCCGGUUCUAAAAGCGCCACCGCCCAAGCCGCGUCCCGGGCAGGCCCGCCGAUCAAUCUAUCGUGGCCGUAUCGAAGGUCUUGGCAGCCCCGUACCAACCUCUCUUCGUGCAUCGACGCCUACACUUGUACGAGCAACCACCCCGGCUGCACAGCCGCAAACUCGUCCAAAGUUACUGUGUCCCAACCCAGACUGCCCGGACCGGUCAAAAGUCAACCGGACGGACCAGGGCCUCAUUUGCGAAACUUGUGGUGCCCUUGUGCAGGAGGAUUCUGGUCUUGUCAGUGAACAAGGCUUUGGCGAGACGGAUUCAGGUCGUAUUGUCGCUACAGGUGUUCAGGUCGGCCAAGAUCAAACCCACCAGAGGACUUUCACUUCGGGAGGCGCCUUCGGAAAUGCCGGUCGCGAGGCAACUUCGAGCAGUGACCGUACCCGAAUGCAGGCGAGAAGCAUCAUGACCUCUUAUUGUCCCAUUUUCAACAUCCAAAGCUCUGAGGUGGAGAGAGGCAUGCUAUGUUUCGGCCUCGCUGUCACAAAUGGUUUUCUUGCGGGCAGAACCAUCGAGUCUGUCGCGGUCGCAUCACUCUAUAUCGCUUGCCGUCGCAAGAAAGAGCAAGUCCAAGGUGUCCAGAGGCCAGUCUACAGCCUCAUGUUGAUCGACUUCGCCGAAAAGCUCAAUAUGGAUGUCUUCGCCCUCGGCAAGAUAUAUCGCGAUCUCUACGAGAAGCUCUGGUACGACAAGAAAACCGGGUCGUGGAAAGACGAGACGGCCUCACUAGACUUUCAAGGCAUGGACCCGGCCGUGCUGGUGCCCAAAUUCAUCAAAGAGCUGGAAUUUGACAGGAGAGACGAGCUCAAGAUCCAGUACGACGCUAUUCAGAUCAUCAAGCGGAUGAAGCGGGACUGGAUCCAUGAUGGCCGUAGACCUUCCGGUGUUUGUGGAGCGGCUGUUCUGCUGGCUGCUCGAAUGAAUAACUACCGACGCACCACGCGAGAAAUCGUGCUGACAGCCAAAGUCACCGAGAUCACUCUCAAUAAGCGACUCCAGGAGUUCCACGACACAAAAGUCAGUAAUCUUUCCGUCACGAGCUUCAUGCAGGAAGCCAAGAGUUGGGAAGAUGUCCCGCUAGGCCACCAUUAUCUGGAUGAGCAGCAGCCGCCUAUUGUGAAGGAACAGAUGAAGCCCAAACAAAAGAGGAAACGAGGGCGUCCUCGCAAGCGACCCCUUCCAGAGACUGCAGCUGAGAUUGAAGGAGACACCGCUACCACUGAGCCGCCAACAUCAAAUACUGAACGAACGCAUCCGGCGAAACGAGUUCGAAUUGAUGCCCAAGGCUACAAAAUUCCGGAAAUCCCAAUUCGGCGGCUAGACGCAGAGUCAUUACAGAUCAUCGACAAGCCACCAACAAACCCGCAGCCCGAGCACAUUGCUUCUGAAUCCUUGCGAGGGGAGGCGGGAUCUGCAUCCGAAGUAAUCGAUGACAAUGCGGAUGUCUCUCCCAGUCACUCGCCUUCUCCUCCGGCUGGCGGCGAAGAAGCAAAUGCCGAUUUCGGGCUACCUCGCAGAAAACCCAGAGGCCCUAAUUGGCAGCCUCCGCCUCCCAGCAUCGCCGAGAUAGCCAUGGAAGCUGGCAUAGAGAACGCCAUGGAUGAGACAUUUGUUGACAAUGCUGAACUCAGCGAUAGGCUUGGGGUGCGUCCUUCCGGCGUGCCUCGUACAGAUGCAUCACGCCCCGGCGCCUCUGAUGUUGAUGCACAAAGUCCUUCAAGAGGGCAAGAUGAUCUUCGGCAUGAACAAAUGGAUUUCGACACCGACCCAACCCAAACUGUCCCUCCACACCAAAAGGACAAGACCCUCGGUCCGCCCGUCAAUACCAUCAUCGGCAACUUCGGCCACGUCUCUCUUUCGCCUACACUCAAGCCAGACGAGUUCGAUUCGGAUGAAGAUGUCGCCACCUGCACUCUGACAGAAGAAGAGUCUCGCAUCAAAGAGAGGGUUUGGGUGAGCAUGAAUGCCGACUGGUUGAGAAAAGAUCACGCGAAGCGCAUAAGGAAAGAGUUGAAGGACGCCGAAAUGAGAGCAAAAGGGCUAGAUCCUGCUGAAGAAGAGCGCAAGAAGAAGGCAGCCAAGGGGAAGAGAAAGGAUGGCACCAGGCGGCCAGGACGGAGAGGCGAUGUCAGUUAUCUGGCCGAGCAGGGUCGGAAGAGGAAGGCUCCUGCCGAUGAGGGCGAAGGUGGCGGCGAAGGCCAGGAACAAGAAGAUGGUGAAGCCGACGAGGCAGACGGUGGCGCUAGGCCUGAAGAACCAAGAACUGCCGCCAGAGCCAUGCGGCUGAUGUUGGAGAACCGGCGUACGUGGUCGCACAGAAUUAACUAUGAUGCCGUUGACCACAUCUUCGCCGCUACAAGCACCAGCGAGGAAAGCGCCGAGUCACGCAGCGCAACCGGUGAUGGUCAAAGUCGAAGUGGCAGCGUCGCCGCUUCCGAGGGGACACAACAGACCAGUAGAGAAGGCAGCGCGACAGGAUCCCCUAGUGCCUCAACACCUGCGGCAGCCAAGGACAGCAUUCCUCUCAGACACACGACUUUAUUCCGCGGGAACAAGCCCAGAGGAAAGAGGCGCGGCCCUGUCGCUGCUGGACAGAAAGAGAAGGAGAGACAAGCAAGGAAUGCACAGAAGAAGGCCAAGACAAGUGAGGGCCAUUCGGGCGAUCGAUCGGCUUCAAGAAGUCGAAGCACCAGUACGCCUGCAUCGGCAGAGUCGGGACCAUCGCCAGAACCUCAAUCUCCGAACCCAGGACAGGGGGAAGCACCACAGCAAGCAUCUACGGCAGAUCGACAUCUUCCAACCCCUCCCGGUAAAGACACACAACUUGGGCCUCAAAUACCCGGCAUUACUACCACUGCUCCGGUAUCAACGACGCUUGCCAACCAUCCUGGUCCACAAAUACCCAGCCUGAGAUCCACAGCUCCGAUGCCAACGCCGCCAGCCACACAGCUUGAACCAACGAUUCCCAGCAUCAAGAGCACCGGUCCGCAACAAGUUCGAAGCUCAUCUGGAGGUGGUCCAGGAAAGGGAAACUCCAAUCCAGUUGGCAGACAAGGAUCCCAGUCUUCUCCUUCGGGAGAGGCUAAAGGGAAAGGAGAUGAGCAGGGAGAAGCAGGUCCCGAAGAAGACGAGCUCGAGGCUGCAUUGGAGGGGCGUUAUCGAGCAGGCAAUUCGGAGGACGAAGGGGAAGACGAAGAUGAUGAUGAGGAAGAUGAAGAUGAAGAUGAUGAAUAUGAAGACGAAGAGGACGAUGCCGAAUAA